AGCAUCAUUCAGAGGCGUUUCUUCAUCCCUGCAGCUCUUCGAACACAGACUACCAUCUUCGGAUCUCCUAACCUCCCAAACUGGCUGCCAUUAUGUCUGACAUCCAGAAGGCUAUGGCCCUCCUUAUCACUACUUUCACCAAAUACGCCAGCAAGGAGGGAGACAAGCACACCCUGAAUAAGGAGGAGCUGAAGGAGCUUCUUCAGAAUGAAUUCGGUGACCUUCUGUGUAAAGCCAAUGACCAGGAGGCAAUCGACCGCAUCUUCAAGGACUUGGACACAAACAAGAGCAACAGCGUGGACUUCAGUGAGUUUGUCAACCUGGUCAGCUGCCUCACUCAGAUGUGCCAUGAGCACUUCCUUGGGAAAGAAUAGGAACCCAAGCGCCACCUUGAGGCUCUCUGAAGGAUCACUUUGAAUCUGUUCUGCAAAAAAUAAACAGGUUUUUUUCCUCUGAAA